AUGGGGGAAGGCAGGGGCAAAAAAAGGAAGUAAAGUUUGGAUUCUCAAAAACAAUGACUUUUUUUCCCCACAAAAGAUUUUGUACGAGAAAAUGGGGGCCAUGGAAAGGGGGACGAAACCAGGGUGUGUAUAUAAGGAGAUGGGGUCAGGAGACAAAGAUAAUCAGAGCCUCGAGCAUUCUUGUUAGUUUUUCUGGGGCCCACGUUCAUCGUGCAAAUUCUGCCGGGCAACUCUGUCACCCAAGACCGACCCCAAGAAUAAUCGUAAUUCAAGAGGAAGAGGUGAAGAAGAAAACCUCUUCAGAAUUGAAAGCCCAAGUCUGGCCAUUUCGGAUGUAAAAUCACUCCUUUGUCUACUUAGGUGGUGACCCAAAUCAGAGCUAGAUCCCGGGGCGCAGCAAGGGAAGCGGUCCAACAAGCCCGGAGCAGAGCCGAAUGGGGGCUCUAGUGUGUUUACUUGGGCUAAGACGGGGCGGUGGGGGUUGGUAGGGGGUCCGCCCGAGAAGACUACAGUUCCCAGCAUUCCUGCUUAGUCUCCUCCCCAUUUCUGUCCAUCAGAGAGGCAAGGCUCAGUGAGUCAGUACCCUACAGUAAAUAUUUGUAUUAGCAAGAGCCGGCUCUGUAAUGGUGGAUCUGUAAAGGAUAGCCAGGGAGCCGGAGAGCCCAGCCUUCGCCCAGAGAUUCCUCCCGUUGUCUGGCCGGGGAGCGAGCGGAGCCGACUUGGCACCAUGUCGGUGAACAUGGACGAACUGAAGCACCAGGUCAUGAUCAAUCAGUUCGUGCUGACUGCGGGGUGCGCCGCGGACCAGGCGAAGCAGCUUCUUCAGGCAGCACAUUGGCAAUUCGAGAUUGCCCUCAGUGCUUUUUUCCAAGAGACCAAUAUCCCUUAUAGUCACCACCAUCAUCAGAUGAUGUGCACUCCCGCCAACACCCCUGCCACGCCCCCCACUUCCUGACGCCCUCCCAUGCCUCCUGCCCCCUCAAGGCCCUCCGAGAGCUUCCACAGCAGCAGUCCCAUGGCUUCCUCGGCCACCUCGCCCCCAGCCCUUCCGCAUCACACCCCCCACUUUGGGAGCUUCCCCACCCCCAGCUGGCCCACCGGUGUCUCACAUCCGGGCCCACAGCAGCAGCCCCAGCAGCCCCAAUACUCAUGGACUCCUGCCGCCUUCUUCCCAUCCCUCGGGACCUGGCCUCCCCCGGCCUCUCAACAGGCCACCUCAGAACAGAAGGCCAGCUCGACCAUGGAGGCGGAGAGAUAAGGGAGGCCACCCCCCUCCCCUCCUCAAGGCCUAGAUUCCACAGGGCCUGGGGCAGGGGAGAGGACAUCUCCUAUGGGCCCCCUCAUCCUUCUCCUCUGCACCCCUUGUUGAUUUCUUUCACCCUUCCCCCCGAGACCUGGAGGGGGAGAGACAGGACUUGGUAGCCAGGCAGGGAUUGUGUCACACACACACACACACACACACACACACACAACGCACACAAAC